CCGAUCCAAUUGAAAGCUCAAUACUCUCGCCGCUGCUGCUGUGGUUCAAGACGUCUAGGUCAGUGCAUUCAUGACUGGCGGUUUCAUCUUGCUGUUUGGGCGAAGAGGGAAAUGGGAGGGUUCGAAAAGGAGAAUCAGGUCAAAGAGAACUUGUAAUUUUUUAUUAGUGCAUUCGCACUUCUGAAAGAAGCAUUGUGUGCUGAGAUUAUAUCAGAUGUUUGCAACGCAAAAGUGAUUUGAUAUACUAAGACUAUAUAGUCUAAAAAUACAUUUUCCUUCAAGUUGAUAGUUGCCUUUUGUGAAGCUAGAUAACUCCCUGAAGCGCCACGCAAUACGCAUUGCUUAUCAGCAUUAAAACACGUUCGUGGGUAGUUUUCCUAAUAAUUUAAGUGUAAAUCGAAGUUCCCUUUAUUGCUUUUACUCCUGACGUUGCCCGUGUUGGUUCUAACCCAACUCCAGACUAGAGCAGGCGCGGUGCUGGACAUCAGGACUAAAACCCAAUAACUGCAAGACGCUUUCAUUGAAUCAUCGAUGGGAUUUUCGGAAAGAACGGUAAAAUUGCAUUAAAUGUUUGUUAUAAACAUGCACGGCCGUUAUUCAUGCUAGCGGAGGUGAGAUUGUUACCAAAGUAAUCGACGCGGACUGAACACCGGAGCGACUCGGAAAUCUAACUGCGUGUUUGCAUUAAAAUUCACCGUUUAAUUAAAAGGGAUCGUGAAAACUCGUUUUAUUAAUAUUAGUUAAAGAUGUAACAAGUGGAAACCGCUUGAGGUGUUGAGGUGCAUUGGUACUUGCUCUUUUGCCCUAACCUGGUGCAGUUUAAGAAAUUCUCUUUAGUUUAAUAUUACCGCUUGAUUUCUGCUGGUUCCACGGAGACUUCAAACACCUGGCGAGUCUUUCCUGGUACGGUUUGAAAAAAAGCGCGCAGAGUUCCGUCAGGAGAAUAAUAGAUUAUUUUAAUGUUUUACUAAUUCGGCAGCGGGGCUGGUGUGUUUGACUACAGGCUCGGUGAUACGAGCUCAAUGAUCAGAGCAGCGCUGCUUCGCUCGAUGUGUCAGAGUGAAAGGUCUCUCAUAGGUGGUCACGAAACUUGCGUAAAAGCUCUUUUCAUAUUGCAAACUGUUGGCUACUUCGCCCGGAUUUCCAUUAGGGGAGGAUGUUGUCCGCUCUCCUCUCGGCAAAGAUGCAUCCUAUCUCAUAAAAAAGACUUUGAAACGCGGGAAGAAGAGCGUGUCUGUGCAAGGUGUCGUGCAGCCGCUGAUCCGGAGAAUCAGAAGCUCACUGCUGAAAGGAGAUGAAAAUGCUCAGUAACAAUCCAGCUCUUACUUCUUAGGAUUUAUUCAAGGACCAACAAAGCAUUCUGCGAACAAAUAAUUUACAAAUGUUUUUGAGCUCAGGCGCUACAAUAAUGUUGAGCCCUGUAAUGUCUGUGAUGAAGUUACUAACGAUAAGGUAAGUGGUGCUGGACGAUUCCUAGAGGCGGUCACGCAUGUGUACGGGACUGCACAUAGACAUCCAUGAUGGACAGUAACUUUAAUCUGACAGCGUGGGAGAACGGGAGCACGGGUGCAAACCUCGUUAAAAGAUAUCCCUUCACCAUCUUCAGCAUCCUCAUUGUGACUUUGUUAGUCAUCUUGAUCAUUGCUACUUUUCUGUGGAACCUGUUGGUGCUGGUUACAAUCCUGAGGGUGAAGACUUUCCACAGGGUGCCUCACAACCUGGUGGCUUCGAUGGCGGUGUCGGACGUCAUGGUGGCGGCCCUGGUGAUGCCCCUCAGCCUCGUCAACGAGCUCUCGGGGAGGAGAUGGCGUCUGGGCCGGCUUCUGUGCGACGUGUGGGUUUCCUUCGACGUGCUCUGCUGCACGGCCAGCAUCUGGAACGUGACCGCAAUCGCCCUGGACAGGUACUGGUCCAUCACCAGGCACCUGGAGUACACCCUGAAGACGAGGAAAAAAAUCUCCAACGUCAUGAUAGCCCUGACGUGGCUCCUGUCAGCGGUGAUUUCUCUGUCCCCCCUCUUUGGGUGGGGAGAGACGUACACGGCCGACGACGAAAGCUGUCAGGUGAGCCAGGAGCCUUCCUAUGCGAUCUUCUCCACUUGCGGGGCGUUCUACCUGCCCCUCUCGGUGGUGCUCUUCGUGUACUGGAAGAUUUACAAAGCGGCGAAAUUCAGGAUUGGGAGCCGCAAGAGGAACGCCGUCAUGCCUUUGUCUGGUGUGGUUCAGGUGAAGGAGGCCUCUCGUGAGCCCCAGAUGGUGUUCACGGCGCGUCACGCCGCCAUCACCUUCCAGCCAGACGGCGAGAGCUGGCGGGAGCAGAAGGAGAGGAAGGCCGCCCUGAUGGUGGGGAUCCUGAUCGGGGUCUUCGUGCUCUGCUGGAUCCCCUUCUUCAUCACCGAGCUCGUCGGCCCGCUGUGCUCCUGCAGCGUGCCGCCCACCUGGAAAAGCAUCUUCCUGUGGCUCGGCUACUCCAACUCCUUCUUCAACCCCCUCAUCUACACCGCCUUCAACAAGAACUAUAACAACGCCUUCAGGAACCUGUUCUCCAAGCAGAGGUGAAGCCCAGCUGCAGCUGGGCGGCACCCAGUCCACAAAGGCCCACAGCACGAGGUAGAUACUCAAAGCACAGGCAACAGCAGAGGUAGAUGAUAUCAGUCUUUCUCCACGGCUCUAUUACACCUGGUUUCCAUGAACCGUCUGGAUGUUGGGGUGGACAGCCCUGUGUCCAGUAGGAUGGCUCACAGCGAGGCUGGAAGAACAGUGUAUGAGUCCAGGGAACAUGAUGAAUGUGAUCAGGAUCUUUCAGAAGAAUUGAAUUCUAGAUUGAAGUAGAAGAGUGGCUUUUUUAUUUCACACAAAUCAAACUAAACCUGUACAGUUCUUUGCUAGAGAACUGACAAGUCAACAUAAGAUACAAGGUUCAAAUCGGUUCAUUUUGAUCUCAGAGUCCAUAGUUACAGUAUACAAUGAAUGGCUGUGUAGAAUACAAACAUUAAAAAUACAUUUAGUUUUGUUACAAAGUCGAAAGCAAUUGGUUAUAUAAACAUGAUCACUUGUAGCAGGUUAAGCCUAUUCCUACUAACCAGUUAUUGGAACAUUUCCUUUGUACUGAAGAUUUUUCUUUGCAUGAAUUCUUGAGAAAAGUUAUCUCAGUGUGUUAAUCACACAAUCUGUAAAUUGUUAACGAUAAUCCAUGGCUCGGCUUGUCAGAUAAAUCAUCAUCCUUACCAAAGGAAUAUUUCAAGGCGUGUCCAUGCCCCAUUAUGUCAGUCUGCACGGUCUUCACAAAUACUGAUUUGCGACAGCACUGAAGGAUUAAAUGCCAUGCUUUUAGAAAUUAAAUUAACAAAAUGGAAGCUGGAAUUUAUUUGGAGAAAAUUAUGCUGACAGUUAACAAUAACAUUUUCCUUGGCUGUUUUUCCACUAAAACAAAAGCUAUAUUUGACAACCUAACUGUACUCUUAUAGCAACAUGAAUGUUCCACAACACAGUGUAAAUGAACAUAUAAACAAAGCAUUUAUCUUGCCAAAACUAAUUAGGAGGAACUGGGAAGUCUGCCUUUUAAAUGCCUGAAUCUUUAUAUAGAUUGCAAUGUGGAGGCUGCAACAUGCUUGAAAAAGCCAAUGCAAGGAAAAGAACACUGUCCUACAAUGACUAACAUUAUCCCACUUUUUGUAUUUUCAUUGUAUUUUCACCCCUUUUCGCAGAUGUUCUGUAAAAAUAGAAAGCGACACUUAUUGUGCACUGGAAAAAUGAUUUAUGUGCAUUUUAUGCUUACCUGAUUCAGACAGACAAUUGUACAAAUUACAUCAUAAUAAACUUGCAUAUUUUGUCUUUGGUGUUUACUGUA